AUGAACACUUCAUUAUUCCUCCAAGUUCUCCUUUUCUCGUUGAUUUCAACGGCAAUGUGGGCCCAUCCCGUCGAUGAUUUUCCCACCCCUCCAACUCCAGGACCAACCCCUCCAACAACACAAAAAGCAAUCUACAUUGGCGGUGGUCGCCGGUCGGAGCCCGGCUUUGGCGGAUACAAAGUGAAGGACUUCAGCGCGUUCAAGAAGUUCAAAAAGAACCUCGCUAAUUGA